AUGCGUCUUUUGCCAACGCUCGCCACCGCGCUCCUGCUCACAGUCAAUGUGACAGGAAGUCCGGCUGCUGCUUCGGCCCCGGCGGAAUCCGCCACCCCCGUCGCGAAUGUUGUAGAUCAGCCCGCCCCGACAACAUCAGCUGCUCAAGCAAACAAUGUCAACCAGGCCAAUGUCGUGGCUGAGACAACGCCUCCUGCAGACACCGUCCAAGCCGCCAACACGGCUACUACUGCUGCGGCGGCGCCUGCGAAGGAAGAAGGGACUACCCCUGCUGCAGAGAACGCCGACCCGACCAAGGCUAACCCCGUGGAAUCCGUGGUCGGUGGUAUUCUUGAUCCCAGUCCUAAAGAAUCAGCCGACUCACCCGAAGCAACCGGCCCCACUGGAACUCCUGCUAAGUCGGCUGCUGGGACUAGUUCCUCCCCCGCCGAGACUACCCCUGCUGCCUCUGCUACAGGCACCUCAGGCACCUCAGGCACCAAGUCUACCAGCUCCGAUAGCAGCUCUGAUGACUCCAAGUCUUCUGAUAUCCUGCCAGAUAUAAAAGAGGCCUUCUCGAGUUUGCUCGGCGGGGGUGGUGGCGGCCUUGGGGACCUUCUGCAUGGUCUUGAAAGCCUGCUUAACCCCGCCUUCUUGGGUAACUUUGCCGACACCUUCGAAUACCUCUCUACCAGUCUCGCACCCCCGGUCGACAACCAGAUCCGAUCCUUGGUGGGCAAUGCCAAUGACCUCCUGACUUCGGACUUCAUCAAGAAGACUGGCAAUCUCAUUGACAACGCCAACACCCUCUUGACUGAGGAGAACACCAAGGAGAUUGGAACGCUUCUCAAGGUGGCCAAUAAGUUGUUGUCUGGUCCGUUUAUCGACAAGGUGGACAGCCUCAUCGACAACGCCAACAACCUCCUCACCGCCGACUUCGUCAAGAAGACCGGUAACCUCAUUGACAAGGCCAGCCCUCUCAUCGACAAGGCUGGCCCUCUCAUUGACGACGCUAGCGGCCUACUUACUGAGAAGAACGUCCACGCGAUUGAGGGACUCCUGACAAACGCCAACACGCUGCUCACUCCCGAAUUUGUUAAGGAGACCAACAACCUCAUCGGCAAGGCCAGCCCUCUUAUCGACGACGCCAGUGGUCUCCUCACCGACGGCAACGUCAAGGCGAUCGAGUCACUCUUGUCCAAUGCCAACAAGCUGCUCACACCCGGCUUUAUCGACACUACCGGCAAGCUCAUCAAGCAGGCCGGUCCCCUUAUCAACCAGGCUAGCGGUCUUCUCACCGAGGGCAAUGUUAAGGAGAUCGAGACUCUACUCGGCAAUGCUAAUAGCCUGCUGACUACCAGCUUCGUGAACCAGACCACUAGCCUGAUCGAUGAAGCUAGUGAGCUCUUGUCUUCGGAUACCGUUGACAGCCUGAAGUCUCUCCUCACUCAGCUCGCUCCUAUCAUUCCGGAGCUGAAGGGCCUGCUCAAGCCAGCCACUAUCAAGGCGAUCGAGAACGUGCUUGGCAAUGCUAACAAGCUGCUCACGGACUCCUUCGUCAAGGAUACCAACACCCUGAUCACUGAGGCUGUUGGCCUUCUCACUCCCGACCUGGUCAAGGCUCUGAAGUCGCUUCUCAGCGACCUUACUCCAUUGAUUCCCGAAUUGAAAUCGCUCUUGACCAAGGAAAUGAUCAAUUCGAUCGAGACCCUUCUGAACAACGCCGGAGACCUGCUCACGGAAGACUUCGUCAAGGACACCAAGGGCCUGGUCAACGAGGCCGGCGACCUCCUCACUCCGGAGGUGGCCGAUGGACUGAAGUCGAUCCUGAAGGAUGUCAUUCCUCUACUGCCAGAGCUGAAGUUGCUUCUGAACAAGAGCACCAUUUCUGCCAUUGGUUCUCUCUUGUCCAACGCCAACACCCUAUUGACGCCGAAGUUCGUCAACGAGACCAUUGGUCUUGUGGACAGCGCGGACGACCUCCUGACCCCACCCAUCGUAACUGGACUGAAGGACCUCCUCGGCGACGUUAUUCCCCUGAUCCCCGAUCUCAGGAAGUCUCUGCUGAACACAACCAUCAUCACCGACUUGGGAUACAUCGUGACCAACGCUACCAAUUUGCUCACGCCCGCCUUCGUCGACGAUACCUCAGACCUUGUCGAGAACGCCGAUGGCCUCCUGACACCGGAUGUCGCCCGCACACUCAAGGAUAUUCUUGGAUACGUGCCCGACUUGUUGCCCGAGGUGAAGAAGCUGCUCAAGCCUUCGGUUAUUUCGGAUGUUGGAGCGCUGUUGGAGAACGCUCAUGAUCUCCUCACUCCUAAGUUCGUCAAUGAGACAACACUCCUGAUCGAUGAUGUUACAAGCUUCUUGCCUUUGAUCCAGGAAUUGCUCAAGGCGCUGUGA